AUGGUGGCUUUGUUUGUUAGAUAUUUCCUCAUGAACGUCUACCAGUUCAUGAUUUAUUCCUCCUUUUUCUUCUCGGAGUCCUCCUUUCUUUCCUCGCCCUGUAAGCUACUGAGAACGUUUUACCUCAAUGGUCUGCACAAGCCCGGCGACGUGAUCCUGGGAGGGCUGUUUGAGGUCCACUACAGCUCCGUCUUUCCCGAGCAGACCUUCACCUCAGCGCCACAUCAGCCCAGCUGCCAGGGGUUUGAUACUCUCGGGUUCAGACAUGCAAUGACUAUGGCUUUUGCUGUUGAGGAGAUUAAUAAGAACCCCAGUUUGCUGCCUAAUGUGACUUUGGGAUACAGUCUUUAUGACAACUGUGCCACUCUUAGCGUUGGGUUCAGCGCUGCCUUGGCACUGGCCAGUGGGCAGGAGGAGCGGUUUUCCAUUCAAGAGAGCUGUUCAGGAACCCCUCCGGUUGUGGGAAUUGUUGGUGAUCCUUUUUCCACAUUUUCUAUAGCUGCCUCAAACGUUUUAGGUUUGUACAGGCUGCCUAUGGUGAGUUAUUUUGCCACGUGCUCUUGCCUGAGCGACCGCCAGCGUUUCCCAUCUUUCUUCAGGUCAAUCCCAAGUGAUGCUUUCCAGGUCCGUGCCAUGAUUCAGAUCCUGAAGCACUUUGGCUGGACUUGGGCGGGCCUCCUGGUCAGUGACGAUGACUAUGGCCUUCAUGUUUCCAGAUCGUUCCAAACCGACCUGACUCGGUCGGGCGGCGGCUGUCUGGCGUACACGGAGGUUUUACCGUGGGGAGACAAUCCGAGGGAAUAUAAAAGGAUUGUCGACGUCAUGACAAAGUCCACGGCGCGCGUAGUGAUUGUGUUUGCACAUCAGAUGCACAUGAUCCAACUCAUGGAACAGGUGGUGAAGCAGAAUGUGACAGGGCUGCAGUGGAUUGCCAGCGAGGCCUGGACUUUACUCGAAGGACUCCAAAUCCCUGCUUUCUCGCCGUUUCUUGGUGGAACUCUGGGCAUCGCUAUCCGCCGCGGAGAAAUCCCAGGACUCAGAGACUUCCUGCUGAGAAUUCAUCCCGACCAGCACAGCAACAUCUCUGCAAACAGCAUGGUGAAGCAGUUUUGGGAGCACACGUUUCAGUGCAGGUUUCCGCUGCCGCCAGCUGGUUCUGCAGAAGAUGCUGGAGCGCGAUGCACCGGGCGAGAAGACCUGAACAGUGUGACCACUGACCUGCUGAAUGUGUCAGAACUCAGGCCCGAGUAUAACAUUUACAAAGCUGUGUACGCGCUGGCACACGCUCUUACUGACAUGCUGAGCUGCGUCCCGGGGCGAGGGCCUUUCAGCGGGAGCAGAUGUGCGUCUUUGCAAACGUUAGAGCUCUGGCAGCUAACGCACUACCUAGGACGGGUCAACUUCACCACACCGUUUGGCGACCAAGUUACGUUCGACGAAAACGGCGACGCGUUGCCAAUAUACGACGUCAUGAACUGGGUUUGGCUGCCCGAUGGAAGAAUUAAAGUUCAGAGUGUGGGGAACGUUCAGAGGUCUGCGUCCAAAGAGGAGGAGCUCACAAUUGAUGAAGCCAAAGUCUUCUGGAACUUUGAAUCUAAAAAACCGCCCAGGUCUGUGUGCAGUGACAGCUGCCCCCCAGGAACACAUAUGGUGAGGAGGAAAGGAGAGCCUUUGUGCUGUUUUUAUUGUGUCCCGUGCUCUGAAGGAAAGGUCAGCAACGAAAAUGACUCCUUGGACUGCUUUAACUGUCCUGAGGAUUUCUGGUCCAACCCACAGCGAGAUCACUGCAUUCCUAAGAAAACCGAGUUCCUCUCGUACCAGGAACCUCUGGGUAUCUGUCUGACAGUGACCUCAUUGCUGGGAACGUCAAUCUGCGCUGUCAUUCUGGGGAUUUUCAUCUAUCACCGCAGUACACCCAUUGUACGAGCCAACAACUCAGAACUGAGCUUCCUUCUCCUGGUCUCGCUCAAGUUGUGCUUCCUGUGUUCGUUGCUGUUCAUCGGACGACCCAGACUGUGGACAUGCCAGCUGAGACAUGCUGUAUUUGGGAUCAGCUUUGUGCUCUGCGUGUCCUGCAUCCUGGUGAGAACCAUGGUGGUUCUGGCCGUGUUCAAAGCCUCCAAGCCAGGAGGGGGCGCCAAUCUCAAGUGGUUUGGUGCUGUGCAGCAAAGAGGAACGGUUUUUGCGCUCACAUGCGUUCAGGUAGCAAUUUGUACCACAUGGAUUGUCACUGCGUCACCAGUACCUCAUAAAAACACCCAGUACCACAAUGACAAGAUCGUCUACGAGUGUGUUGUUGGGUCCAUAAUUGGUUUCAGCGCUUUACUGGGUUACAUCAGUGUACUCGCCAUCCUUAGCUGUGUGUUGGCAUUUUUGGCACGAAAUCUUCCGGACAACUUCAACGAGGCCAAACUCAUCACCUUCAGCAUGCUGAUCUUCUGCGCUGUGUGGGUGGCCUUUGUUCCUGCCUACAUCAACUCCCCGGGCAAAUACGCAGACGCAGUGGAGGUGUUCGCCAUCCUGGCCUCCAGCUUUGGCCUCUUGGUGGCGCUGUUUGGACCCAAAUGUUACAUAAUUCUACUAAGACCUGAAAGAAACACAAAGAAAGCCAUCAUGGGUCAUAGAACUACAAAAUGUUAAACGGCAGCUAAUGUACAGUUCAUGUUAUCGCUGCGGCCUGUUAACAAAGAUUCACCUCUA